CAUCCAUAGAUGCUCUCCCUUCCCAAUUGAUGCAGGCCCCCUAAUGCGCACGCUGUGGGAUGUUGGCCUUGCACUGCAGUUUUGUUUCCAGCACAGUGUCCUCUGCUGGCCAAGAGUGUGCACAGCAGUGGAUCAGGUCUGUGGAGCUCUCUCGAGAAGUGUUUACUUGCUGACCAGCUGCCUGUCAUUAAAGCUCCUGAUGCUGCUGUGGUUGCCUGUGGACAGUCACAUUUUGUGGGCCAUCAAAGAGGGUUCUCCUCUCUGGUGGACACUUGCUGCCACCCAUGGUGUUUGCUGGGCUGCCAUCUACAUUGGCUGCAUCAUCACUGACCUUGGUGAGCUGGCUGGAAUUAAACAGGUUUGGAGCAGCGCAGAGAGCAGCACAUACACCAGCUCAAAGUCAUUGCAAUUGGAGCACUUAUUGCAACACAUGAGGCAUCCCAGCUUUGUCGCACUGAGUGUCAUUCUCUGGUUUUACCCUAUUAUGACCCUGGACAGAGCUGUCCUUGCACUCAUUUUCACCGUCUACCCUUUUGGCUGGUUCAAGACCCAAGUGCAAGACUACAAAUAUUGCUACUGCUUCUGGAGGUCUAAGCUUGUGGACCUCUUUCCCAAAGCCAUGUUGUAGUGAUCAGUGGCAAGGAUAGAUCAUCAUGUAGAUGACACAUUGGACAUCGCCCGAGGCUUGCUUUUUGCACAUAUUUCUGCAUUAUGCAUGUAGUAUUAUUCUCACCCAUAUAUAUACCAGAGCAACCAAGCUUUUAUCUG